CCUUGUUACCUGAGGGACUGGGAGAUGCAGGUGCAUUUCAAAAUCCAUGGGCAAGGCAAGAAGAACCUGAAUGGGGAUGGUUUUGCCAUCUGGUACACCAAGGAUCGCAUGCAGCCAGGACCUGUCUUUGGAAGCAAGGAUAACUUCCUGGGCCUGGGGGUGUUUGUGGACACAUAUCCCAACGAGGAGAAGCAGCAGGAGAGGGUCUUCCCCUACAUCUCAGCCAUGGUGAACAAUGGUUCCCUCACCUACGACCACGACAGGGACGGGAGGCCCACGGAGCUGGGGGGCUGCACGGCCAUGGUGCGGAACCUGCCCCAUGACACCUUCCUGGUCAUCCGCUACGUCAAGAGGAGGCUGACGGUGUUGAUAGACAUUGAUGGGAAGCACGAGUGGAGGGACUGCAUCGACGUGCCCGGCGUCCGCCUGCCCCGCGGCUACUACUUUGGAACUUCUUCUGUCACUGGAGACCUCUCAGACAACCAUGACAUUAUUUCCCUGAAGCUUUACCAGCUGACAGUGGAGAGGACACCAGAGGAGGAGAAGAGGGACAAAGAGGUCUACCUGCCCGUGGUGGACAACCUGAAGCUGCCUGGAAUGGAAGCCCCUCUGGAGCCCAUGAGUGGCCUGGCCCUCUUCCUCAUUGUCUUCUUCUCCCUGGUGGCCAUUGUCUUCGCCAUCGUCAUCGGGGUCAUCAUCUACAACAAGUGGCAGGAGCAGAGCAGAAAACACUUCUAUUGA